GGAGGAAGGUAGGAGAGAAAGAAGGGGGAGGGGAGGCAAUUCAGCGCAGUGCAAGCUGACUGGAUGAGUAGCAGCCGCGGCACAGGCAGCAGCAUCAGCACCACUAGCCGUAGCAUCUUUCUUUGUGGCUGCUGGAGGCUGUCUUGUGGCUGCUGUAGCAUCAACAUCAUCCCCACACACAUAAAUAUCUGGACACAGGCGCUCCAACAGCUUCCUUCAUACACACACAUGUCGUGGUGGCCACCGAGGAAGAGGUAGUAAGUGACGGGGCUCGGGGGACAGAGGGACACAGGAAGAGGAAACAGGGACGACCGGUGGUAGUGCGAGCCAGAAAAGGGCUGGAGCGACGGUGACUAGAGCAGCAGCAGCAGCAGCAGUAGUAGCGGCACCAUGGCACAAGCCGCUAAGCAGCUCCGUAAGACCAAGGACCUCGCAGAGGCCGCCGCCCAGGAGCAGCGGGAGAAGGAGGAGGAAAAGAUAAAAAAGAGGAAUCGAUCCAGGGACCGCAGGCGCAAGGCGGAUGCAGCCACCAGCUUCCUGCGUGCCGCUCGUUCAGGGAACCUGGACAAGGCUCUGGAUCACUUGAAGAAUGGAAUCGACAUCAACACAGCCAAUCAAAAUGGUCUCAACGGGUUACACCUGGCCUCGAAAGAAGGUCACGUCAAAAUGGUCCUGGAGCUGCUACACGCUGGCAUUGAGCUGGAAGCCACCACCAAGAAAGGGAACACGGCUCUCCAUAUCGCAGCGCUGGCAGGCCAGGAGAAAGUGGUGGCGGAGCUUGUCAACUAUGGUGCCAAUGUUAAUGCGCAGUCACAUAAAGGGUUCAGUCCUCUCUACAUGGCAGCACAGGAGAAUCACUUAGAGGUGGUCAAGUUCCUUCUCGAGAACGGUGCCAAUCAGAGUCUCCCAACCGAGGAUGGCUUCACCCCCCUGGCAGUAGCCCUCCAGCAGGGCCACGAAAAUGUUGUGGCACUGCUUAUCAACUAUGGCACGAAGGGUAAAGUCCGACUUCCGGCACUGCACAUCGCCGCACGAAACGACGACACACGUACCGCCGCAGUGCUCCUGCAGAACGAUCCCAACCCCGAUGUUCUCAGCAAGACUGGCUUCACACCUCUCCAUAUUGCAGCUCACUAUGAAAACAUGAGCGUAGCCCAGCUGCUGCUGAAUAGAGGAGCCAAUGUAAACUUCACCCCCAAGAACGGCAUCACACCCCUUCAUAUAGCCUCCAGGAGGGGCAAUGUGAUGAUGGUCAGACUACUGCUGGACAGAGGAGCACAGAUUGAUGCCAAAACUAAGGAUGAGCUGACUCCUCUCCACUGUGCAGCCAGGAAUGGCCAUGUUCGCAUCAUUGAGAUCCUGCUGGAACACGGUGCUCCCAUCCAGGCUAAAACCAAGAACGGUCUGUCCCCCAUCCACAUGGCAGCUCAGGGGGAUCACAUGGACUGUGUCAGGCAGCUACUGCAGUACAACGCAGAGAUCGAUGAUAUCACACUGGACCAUUUAACCCCUCUUCAUGUAGCAGCCCACUGUGGUCACCAUCGGAUGGCCAAAGUCCUACUGGACAAGGGGGCCAAAGCCAAUGCACGAGCUCUGAAUGGCUUUACACCUCUCCAUAUUGCUUGCAAGAAGAACCACAUGCGGUCCAUGGACCUGCUGCUUAAGCACUCUGCUUCCCUAGAAGCUGUCACAGAGUCUGGUCUCACUCCUCUUCAUGUAGCAGCAUUCAUGGGCCAUCUGAAUAUUGUGAAAAACCUGCUCCAGAGAGGAGCUUCACCUAAUGCUUCCAAUGUGAAAGUGGAGACUCCCCUCCACAUGGCGUCCAGAGCAGGACACUGUGAAGUUGCUCAGUUCCUGCUGCAGAACGCAGCACAAGCAGACGCCAAGGCUAAGGACGACCAGACACCUCUACACUGUGCGGCCCGCAUGGGCCACAAGGACCUUGUAAAGAUGCUCCUGGAGCACAAGGCCAACCCCGACUCGGCUACAACCGCAGGCCACACGCCCUUACACAUUUCUGCACGUGAAGGGCAUGUCCACACUAUUCGAAUCUUGUUGGAUGCUGGGGCACAGCAGACCAAGAUGACAAAGAAAGGCUUCACUCCCCUCCAUGUGGCCUCUAAAUAUGGGAAGGUGGACGUGGCUGAGCUCCUACUGGAGAGAGGAGCCAACCCAAAUGCAGCUGGGAAGAACGGUCUGACACCCCUUCAUGUGGCCGUCCAUCACAACAACCUGGAUGUUGUUAGGCUCCUGGUCAGCAAGGGAGGAUCUGCACACAGCACUGCCCGAAACGGCUACACUCCUCUGCACAUAGCUGCCAAGCAGAACCAGAUGGAGGUGGCCAGUUGUCUUCUGCAGAAUGGGGCAACACCCAAUUCGGAAUCUCUCCAAGGCAUCACGCCCCUGCACCUGGCCUCACAGGAGGGGCGGCCCGACAUGGUGGCCCUGCUCAUCUCCAAACAGGCCAACGUAAAUCUGGGAAACAAGAAUGGGUUGACCCCUCUGCAUCUUGUGGCUCAGGAAGGUCAUGUGGGAAUCGCUGACACACUGGUCAAACAAGGAGCUUCCGUUUAUGCUGCUUCACGGAUGGGCUACACACCCCUUCAUGUGGCCUGUCACUAUGGCAACAUCAAGAUGGUGAAGUUCCUCCUGCAGCAGCAGGCUCAAGUGAAUAGCAAGACAAGGAUGGGCUACACCCCUCUGCACCAGGCAGCUCAGCAGGGCCAUACUGAUAUUGUCACCCUGUUGCUGAAACACGGAGCCCAGCCCAAUGAGAUUACUUCAAAUGGGACAUCGCCCCUGGGCAUUGCCAAGCGGCUGGGUUACAUCUCUGUCAUUGAUGUGCUCAAACUGGUUACCGAGGAGUCCGUCUCUGCGAUCACUACAGAGAAGCAUCGGAUGAGUUUCCCUGAGACCGUAGAUGAGAUUUUGGAUGUUUCGGAGGAUGAAGGGGUUGCCCAGCUAACGUUAGGAGACGAGUUGCUCGGGAUGGAUGGAGCACGCUAUUUGAAGCUCGAUGACUUUAAGGACCAAGACGAUGACUUCCUCUCCCCGAAGAAAACCCUUAGAGACUUUGAAGGUGGCAUGGGUACCACGCCGUAUUCUCCUGCUAUUCCCAGGAUCCCUUGUGUGUCCCCAGAGACUGUACUGCUGGAUCAGCACACCCCGGUCCCCCUCCCAAAGGAGUAUGAUGAAGACUCUCUUAUCCCGAGCAGUCCGGCUACAGAGACAUCAGACAACGUCAGCCCCGUGGCGAGCCCUAUCCACACUGGCUUCCUGGUGAGUUUCAUGGUGGAUGCUCGAGGAGGCUCCAUGCGAGGCAGCAGACACCAUGGCCUGCGAGUUAUCAUCCCUCCUCGAACCUGCACUGCGCCAACACGCAUUACCUGCCGUCUGGUCAAGCCUCAGAAGCUGACCACACCUCCUCCGCUGGUGGAGGGGGAGGGGCUUGCUAGCCGUAUCAUCUCCCUAGGGCCAUCAAGUAUGCAGUUUCUUGGGCCAGUAAUAGUAGAAAUCCCCCACUUUGCCUCACUGGGCCGAGGGGACCGAGAGCUUGUGGUCCUCCGCAGUGAAAAUGGCUCAAUCUGGAAGGAACAUCGCAAUCGCUAUGGUGACGAAGUGCUGGAAACUAUUCUGAAUGGCAUGGAUGAAGACCUGGAGAGUCAAGACGAGCUUGAGAAGAAGAGAAUCCGUCGGAUCAUCUCCACUGACUUCCCCCUUUACUUCGCCGUGGUCUCCCGCAUUCAGCAGGAGAGCGAUCUGAUUGGUCCAGAGGGCGGCCGGUUGACCAGUAAGCUGGUUCCCCAUGUCGAGGCCAUCUUCCCUGAGACGGCCGUCACCAAGAGAGUGAGACUGGGACUGCAGGCGCAGCCAAUCCCUGAUGAACUGCUGACGCGGCAGCUCGGUAACCAGGCGACCUUCAGCCCAGUGGUUACCAUAGAGCCACGCCGACGCAAAUUUCACCGUCCAAUCGGGUUGCGCAUCCCUCUGCCACCAUCAUGGCGGGAGAGUCCUCGGGAUGCUGGGGAGGGUGACACCACCAGCUUGCGCCUCCUCUGCAGUGUCAUUGGUGGCACAGCUCCAGCUCAGUGGGAGGACAUCACUGGAACCACCAAGCUGAUGUACGCCCACAACUGUGCCAACUUUACCACCAAUGUCUCCGCAAGAUUCUGGCUGGCAGACUGUCCACGCACAGCAGAGGCAGUGACCUUUGCCAAUUUGCUGUACCGGGAGCUGAUGGCUGUCCCAUACAUGGCCAAGUUUGUUAUUUUUGCAAAGAUGAAUGAAGCACGAGAGGGGCGCUUGCGUUGUUACUGCAUGACAGACGACAAGAUGGACAAAACACUGGAGCUGCAUGAAAACUUCACCGAAGUGGCCCGAAGUCGAGACAUCGAGCUGAUGGAGGGCAUGCCGCUGCACCUGGAGUGUUCUGGGAACCUCGUGCCCAUCAGGAAGGCCACGCAGCAGCCUCGCAGCUUCAGCUUCCAGGCCUUCAGAGAUAACAGGCUGCCCGUCUCUGUCAAGGUCAGAGAUAGUAACAAGGAUGCCACUGGGUUUUUGUCCUUUCUGCGGAAGUGCACCAAGUACGAGGACACACAGCACGUACUGUGUAACCUAAACAUAACCAUGCCACCCUGUGUCAAGGUUGUUGGAAGUGAGGAGCGCAGACGAACCUUAACCCCCCUCGCCCUGAGGGAACGCUACAGCGCACUGAACGAGCCUGGUGUGGCCACAGUGAAUGCCAUGGAGAGGACUGAGAUCAAGAUCAACAUCAUAUCUGAGCAGCUUGGUUUGAGCUGGGCAGAGUUGGCACGUGAGCUACAGUUUGGUGUGGACGACAUCAACAGGAUUCGUGUGGAGAAUCCCAACUCCCUGCUGGACCAAAGCUCCGCCCUGCUCAACCUGUGGGCCAGCAGAGAAGGCAAAAGGGCCAAGAUGGAGAGUCUGUACACUGCUCUGAGAAAUAUAGAUCGAGCAGACAUUGUCACAUCUCUGGAGGGUCAGGCUCCACAGCCAGCGCCCGGUUCAUUAGAGGAGGGUGCCUGUCGAAUUAGCGACCGCGACUCCACCCUGCUGUCCCCCAGUGUCCUCAAUGAGGUCACGGACACAAGGCCACCGCGCCUAGUGCACAAGCCACGAGUUAUUAGACCCCCGUUUUUCAGAAGGGGUUAUGGGCUGGUGCAGGAGGAGCUGCUGUCCCCGGCCUCCAUGCAGUACAGCUUGCCCUCCCCGCUGGGCGCAGAGCCCUACUGGCAGGAAGUCUCCAGCCUCGAGUGCGCCCCCAUCGCCACCACCGAGGAAGACACAUUAAUGGAGAUGUCGGACGUUCAGGUGUGGCCGGCGGGGGUCAGCCCCUCGUUGGUCACGGUGGAGGACUCGUCACUGGAGGGCAGCAGUCGGGCUGACGACUCGGAGGGCGCCACGCUCUCCCUUCCCUGCAGCUUGGGUCGCCCGAGCAGCGGAGCCAGCGGGGCCAGUGGCUCCAUCAUGGAGUUGGAAGAGGAGGAGGAGGAGGAGGAGGAAGGGGAGGUUGAGGAGGAGGAGGCGCCACAGGAGCCAGCAACUUUACUGGCAGAACGGGACAGGGUGAGGGCCAGUGGCGCCGUUCCUAAGGUCAACCUAAACGGCCAGCUGGGAGGUCAGAGGUUGGAUGGAAGGAGAGGGGAGGUCCUGGCAGCAGGAGGGGCAAAAGGAGGAGGUGGAGGUAUAGGGUUGGGUUCAGUGGAAGGGAUUUCUGUUGUUGCAGGCCAGCAGGUGUACGCCCAGCGGUGCGAGAUAUCGGGACUGAGUCGGGCUCCGGAGCACAACGGAGAUAACCGGGUGGUAGGAGGCGGAGCUUUUCAACCCUACCUACCAGAUAAGGACUCCCUGCAAGGCUGGGUGGGCUCGGUGUCAUCAGGACGCGACGGCAGCGUGCCAGGCUUGCGCGUGGCCCAGGAGGCUCUGCUGACUCCGAGAGAGGAGAAAGAGGACUAUGCUACUGAGGCGCAGUUUGUUGAUGAACACGGACGCGUGCUCACCAGGAAGGUGGGGGUGGAUGUGAGAAAGGGCGCUCAGUCAGCGCAGCGCACCAGUCUGCGGAGAGUUAAACACUGAAAUACACAUACUGCCCAGUCCUCCAGGACCGGAAAGCCACUGCCAAAUCAUCCUCCACAAAAACACAACAAGGCCGGCGAGGAAAAUGAGCAAGGACGGAGACGAAGACAAAGACUAAGAAGUGCAAACUACAAAAUGACAAACACAAAAUCAUCCUCUACGUGUGACCAUGGAGCACCACAUGAGAGAAGAGACAGAGGAAAAGAAAAAACAAAACAAAACAAGAGGAGUUCAACUUGUAGUUUUAUAACAUUUGUAAAGAAAAAUAUCAACUAGACUUAAGGCAUGAUUCUUCUUCUUCUUUUUUUUUACAAAAAAACAACAUAAAUGUCAGUAAAACAACCAAGAAAAAAAAGCAACAAAAAGUGCUUCCUGUGAACUGUAAUCGCAUGAUGACUGCUGGUGCAUGCCCUUUGACCUUUUGAACUGUCAUUAUCUACAAACUGAAGGGGUACAAGGUACGGGGCUGGCCCACGCUUGGGCCUCAGGCCAUUUUAAGGACCUAUUCCCCCCGACUGGAGUGGUUUGUGUCAGCGAGUUGAGUCCAAUAUCACUACAGCCAAAAAAAAAAAAAAAAAAGAGUCCCUCGACGGAUGGUUCUGUAAACAGCUAAGCUUCUGCUGAGCCUACCAAUGCUUCUUUCACCGAACCCUUUCCCCUACUAUUCUCAAUGUGAUAUAUGCACUCUAUGCUACGUGGACAUGUGUCAGUGUGUGUGUGUAUGUGUGCGCGUACUCUUCUCUACCGCAUGUGUUCCCUGCCUCUGGCUUGGCGCUGAGCCCUGCCUCACGAUCGGCUCUUUGGGCCCCUGCGAUGUCAUGGCGCGCUCAGCGCUGGAAUGAGAAAGCCGCUGUGUGCUCCCCUGCUCGUGAGUGUUCCUGUCGGACGUCUCUUUCCUUUGUGGAUGAAGCUUGUCUCUUGUUUUUUCCCGUUUCUCCGGAAGCCUGUCCGCCUUGGUUUUUAAGUAUCGUCUUACAAAAUGGUAGGGAACUGAAUCGCUUUCACCCUUCGUGUUUUCUUCAGAAAGGCGUCGGUUGCUUGAUUGUAUCGUACAGCAGCUCUUCAACACAAAGAUCGACGUUUUCCUCCCCCGGUGACCUCCGCUACCUUCUUCCAUCAUUUCUCCCAGUAGCACGCUUCAUCUUGACUCACGAUCUUUAUCAGUAGCCUCAGUUAAUAUGCAGUAAAAUCACAGGCCUCUUUAUCUACAGCAUCGAUAGUUCCUCCAUCUGACGCUUCAAACUUUGUGUGUGCUCCCUCUUUAUGUGUUUGCAACGGCUGUAGCGCCUCACCGUCGCUCAUUCAUUUGCAACAAAGUGAAUGAAGUGGAAACAACGUGGAGGAUACGGUGAUUUUGGAGGAUUUGUGGUGAUGGUGAAAUAGCACGAUGCUACUACAGUACGACGCGUGAUUGUGAUGGGAACUGUGCAGCGCGGACAGACAGGUAGCACUGUGAUUGUCUUAUUAACACUGACCCCAGACUCGUGAACUGUGAAGACACACCAACAAAAGCACACCCACACAUGCAUAGACACAAAUAAUCAGAAACGCAUUACAUGAUUCAAUAGUUAUUGCCUGGUCGGAGUGUCUGAUUUUGGAGUUUGCCACAGCAAUAAUACAACAACACAGAAGAUGGAAGCCAGGAUUCUGCAUAUCUACACGAAGGAUCGGAACGUGAACGGUGUAAACGACUGAGCUGCUCGGUGAAGAAAGAAGCCGCCUGGACGAACUGCAAUCGCGUUUGGCAUUGGGCAGCCGUGCUGUGUCUGACUGCUUCCAUCGAGCUUGAUGUGAACGAGUCGGCGAGGAUGCAAGAUCAGAAGAGCUGUAGCAGUGCGGGACUGUGGAGGCCUGAGAGGAUCUGUUUGUUUUUCAGCACCUAACGUAGCAAAAUAUAAACCAGGAUAUGUUAGUUUAAUAUCAAGGAGUCUGCUGCUGCCGUGAGGUGGACACCGCCGAGCUCCAUUUUCUUUUUCUGAGUAAUUCAAGUACUUUUUAGUGUUUCACUAUUUUCAUACACACGUCACUCUAAACCACCCAUCACUCUCCUCAUCUCCGAAACACUUCCUUUAUGCAGAAGCCUGCCUGCAGCACUAUGGAGGGGUCGUAUCGUGGUAGCACACAUUUCCUGGAAACACAAUAUUUAAGUACUGUAAAUGCUACUGUAGCCUGAAUGAGUGAGACACCGAGUGAAUGAAUGAGUGGACACGUUAGUUGAGACAUCACACACAUGCACAUAUUUCCCACGCCCAGUCCGUGCACAUGAGAGCCUCAUCCGAUAUAGCACAUGUUUAUUACAUAUCAUGUUUUCCACUGUUACUCCACUCAGGUUUUCAGUUCUGCGCUGUCAGAAUCAAAAUGUUUUCCUUUUUAAGUUCCGAGUCCUCUCAAGAGACGAGUGCGGGACACAAACCGAGUGCUUCUGAAUAAGACUUUGGUGUUGGGGCUGUUUUAGGGUGGGAUGCGUAGGGAUUUAGGGGGGGACGUAUGGAGCAGGAUGGUGUGUGUGUGAGUGUGAAUGUGUGUGGUGGGAUGCUCUUUGAUUCAAGUAAGACCAAAGAGGAGACAAAUUAUUGAGCAUGUGGUCAGUAACCCCUCAGCUCUCUGGCCUGUGCGUGCAAAUGGGCAUGGAGAGCGUCCUCUCAAAGUGACGAUCAACAGAGGUGAACCAAAAAGGUUUUGGUGAAGGAUUACCCCCUCUACAAAGGAGUUAAACAAGACAGUGUACUUUGGAUGCACGAUUUACUCUCCAGUGUUUGCAGCACUUAGUGUUUUAUUUGAGUUACCUUUUUCGACUUGCUCUCUAAUCAAACCAGAUGUUCUUAUAAAGUCAAACCUGUAACUCUGAGCCUUGAAUCUGCCCACCAGAGGACAAACAAAACACCUUCUCUAUAUUUACACUCUGUCCAAACUAGCAUGCUCAGUGCAGCUUGCUUUUAGAUGAUGGAGGCCAGUGACUCCUUCAGUCUCUCAAGUGACUUGUUAAUAGACGGAUUAUAAACUUAAUCUUGUGUUAAAGUCAUAAAUUGUAAGAUUUUAAACUCCAUUUUCAUACUCUUUUUCUUUUUAGCAGCAGCCAUUCAGUGUAUUGGCAUGGAGGAAUUACCCCUCUACAGUAUAUACAGUAGUACACAUGGGAUUUUAAUUGAAUACCCAUGCACGCAAGAGGGGUUUACAGGAGAUGAUGUGUGUGCGGGAGAGACAAAAACCGCUGCACAGAUGUGUCUCCAGUAAUGUGAAAGACAACAUUCAAUCAGUAUUACGGAGUCAGAUGAUACUGUUAACGGCCUUCUUCACAAUGAAUCGCAUCAUGCUUUAAGUAGACUGCAGCUACCAUUUAAUUGAAGGGUAACUGUUGCAUUUUUCAACCUGGACCCUAUUGUUCCAUGUUCUUGUGUCUACGUGACUAAUGGAGACAACAAAUUUUGACAUUGUUCCAGUAUUGAACUACACAGCUGCAGCCAGCAUUUGAGAAAACUUCUUGGGGCGUGUUCGCCUGUCAAUUUACAUCCACUUAAAGUGCUUUUUUUUUUUUUUUGCCAUUGACAGGCUCGGAUUAUUAUUCUAAGUGUCUGACAACUUACGGGAAGGAUCCCUACAGAGAUAGACCUUUUCGUUAAAGUGUAAGAUUCUUUAUGUCUAACCAGAAACAGCCCCGAAAUCACCAUCGUUAAACCCAUCAGACUCCAUUUAAAUAAACAGACAUUUUAGCGUGUGGUAUUUUCACAUCUAACUGGGUGAAUUAAAGGUUUAUUUCAACCAAGCCAAAUUUGGUUAAUGUUGGAGCAGUGGAAAGACGAGCCCAGAUGGUUUUUGUGAGUUUCAUGUUGUUUCUAUGGACUCUGACUGAAAUGUGUUUUAUGAUGUUAAAAUUACUGUUAAUUUAAAUAGAGUCUGGUGGGUUUGGCAAUAGUGAUUUUGUGGCUGUUUGUACAAAACAAAAAGGAUCUCACUCUUUAACAAAAAGGUCUAUCUCUGUUGGGAUCCUUUCCAUAAUGUUGUUAGACUCUUGUAACAACAAUUUGAGCCUGUCAGUGGCAAAAACACGGUGAUGGUGUGUAAUUUCCCAUUAACAUUAAUUAAUUGUUUGGAAACAUAAACGUGGGGAAAUGGGGUCCAGGUUGAAAAAUACAGAAGUUACCCUUUAAAAAUGUGUGUAGAGUAAGCUUUGAAACUUAAUUAGACUGUCAUAUAGAAGAUAGAAUUUGCCGACAACAAACAUUAUGCAGAUCAUUAAAUGUGGGAAAAACUUUAUUUAUCAGAGGGCAGGAUUUGAUUAGCAAAGAUGGGACUUCUUUUAAAUCUUGGCUAUGGCACUGGCAGCCUCUUGAAGUGUGUUUGCUGCCCCCAGUGUUUGAUACUAUGUCUUCCCAAAUGCAACUCUGGGAGCUGUAAUAUUAUAACAGACUUGAUACCACAUCUUAAGGAUUAUAACUUUAACUCAGAGCCAUUAUCUUUUUGUUCAGCGUACAGUUAAAAGACAGGAUACUGAUCAAUUUUAAAUCAUGAAUAAAUGUACACUUGGCCACCAUGUGAAAUGAUUUAUGAAGUAGUUUUAUUUUAAAUUAAAUCAUCUGUUUACCCUCUAAGGUGGAAAAUAAUAAUUUGGAUUAUUAGUCUGAAUUAAACCAGUCAGAGAGCCUGUGCACUAUGAUCAAUUUAACUCCACCAUGAUUGUGUUGUGUGUACGUGUGAGUGUGAGUGUGUGAGAGAGAGAGAUGGUGCUUGGUUCCAAACCUUGUUGGAUCAGGGGGAAAAAAAGUGAGAACGCUUUUAUCGGGCUUGUGACUCGAGAGGACGUGUAACCUUCGACGAUGUAUUUUAAAAAAAAAAAGAAUAUUGUACAAUUGUAAGUGUCGCGAAAGAAUAGAGAUCACCUAUACUCCUUUAGAAUGGAUACAUGACAAUGUAAACGCAAUAUCAUAUUACUCUAUCCUAAGGAAUGCAACUGCGCACAUGCACAAAAAAAUAUGUUUUUAUGAAAAUAUAUGUAUAAAUAUAUGACAAAAUAUAUUUAAUUAGAAUGCUAUGCACCCUCAUAGAGUUGUUAUGGAUGUUCUUUAAGCAUUAUCUAGACUAGGCCAACGCCCAUAUCAUGGGGAAUGUAGAGGCUUUGUAGCUAUGACCACUUGUUUUCUUUUGUAUUGUCCUGGAGAGAGGAUAAACAAACGUGAAUAUGUAUACAAGCCUUUCAAUCAGAGUCAUUCUGACAUGAAGAUAUGUAUAGAUCAUCUUACCCUGUACACCAGCUCAAACCAUUUACAAGAAUUAAUUAA